GUACACACUCUGAGCUUCUUUUUUUUUUUUUUUUUUUUUUUUGGUCAGCAAUACCGUGUCUUCUCUAACGGGACAAGUUUAACCCUGGUGGAUAACGCCGUCCUUUCGGCUCGUCCAAUGUGAACAUCUUCACCCGGACUGAGGUCGUUUACUGAUGAUGAAAGGAUGAUGAUGAGGAUAAAGGGAGGAGGCCAUAGCCGAAGGUGUAGACCUCGCUAGAAUCCUACCUUCCCAGCAACUCCCCCCGUUCACCAUCACUAUCCUCAUCAUCCGCCGCUGCCGCUGCUAUCCAUCCCACCCAGAGGCAUGGCCAACCACCUGGAGCUGAUCCAGGAGCUGCAGCAGCUGGACAAGGUGCCCAGUCUGGAGAGGCUGCGGACGGCUCAGAAGCGCCGUACCCAGCAGCUGAAGAGGUGGGCCGUGUACGAGAAGGAGAUGCAGAACAAGAAGAGGAAGGCCGACAAGAAGAGUCGUAAUUUAAACAGCCUUCAGCAGUCAGAGUCCAAGAGACGGGUGUCCUUCGCUGCUAGCGUUGCUCUUCUGGAGGCUUCAGCCAGGAACGAUCCCGAUGAAGUUCGCUACCUACUGAGGAACAAUGUGAGUCCAGAUCUCUGUAACGAAGACGGUCUCACUGCUCUGCAUCAGUGUUGUAUAGACAACUAUGAAGAGAUGGUGAAGCUGCUGUUGGACCGUGGAGCAAACGUUAACGCUCAGGACAACGAACUCUGGACGCCGCUGCACGCUGCUGCGACCUGUGGCCACGCAGGACUUGUCAAAAUACUCAUCACACAUGGUGCAGAUCUUCUGGCAGUCAACUCAGACGGAAACAUGCCCUAUGACCUGUGUGAGGACGACCCGACACUGGACAUCAUAGAGACGGCCAUGGCCAACAGAGGCAUCACUCAGGAGAUGAUCAAUGAGACACGGGCUUCCACAGAGAGGAAGCUGAUGGGAGACAUCCAGGAGAUGAUGAGAGUAGGAGAUGAGGUCAACCAACAGGACUCUCAGGGAGCCACGCUGCUCCACAUUGCAGCAGCAAACGGCUACGUUCAGGCUGCAGAGCUGCUGCUGCUGGAGGCGGGGGCUCGAGUGGACCUGAGGGACUCUGAUGGAUGGCAGCCUCUUCAUGCGGCAGCGUGCUGGGGUCAGAUGCAUGUGGCAGAGCUGCUGGUGUCACAAGGAGCAAGUCUCAGUGCUAAGACCUUCCUAGAGGAGACACCCAUCGAUCUGUGUGAGGAUGAGGAGUUCAGAGCCAUCCUGCUGGACCUGAAACACAAGCAUGACACCAUCAUGAAGUCUCAGCUCAAACACAAGACCUCACUGUGCAGGAGAACUUCCAGCGCAGGCAGUCGUGGAAAAGUGGUGCGGCGAGCUAGUUUGUCAGACAGACACAACUUGUGUCGCAAGGAGUAUGAAACUGAGGCCAUCGUGUGGAGGGGAGGAAGAGAGGAGAAGGAGAAAGAGUCUGAUCAGGACAAUAAUCAGCAGGUGAAGCCUGUCGUAGCUGUGGAGCCGCCAGACAAGCCCAAGACACCCACCAUCCUCAAAGAUGGCAGUGGCAAACAGAAUGGCCUCAUCACAACCACGACGUCCAUGCCACCUCAACCGCCCUCCAACGGCAGCACACCGACGCCCAGUAAGGUCGCAGUCGUCACUUCCCAGCCUUCGCAGGAGGACAUUGCGCCGAGGGAGCGCGCUCAGACGUUGUCAGAGUUAAAGAAGCAGAGGGCAGCAGCCAAACUGUUGAAUCACCCUUUGUUCAACGGCCACCUUGGCAACGGCUCAACAGACUCCUUCUCUGAUGCCAAAUUUUACUCUGAGGACCCUCGGAUGCCACUGGUCUCUUCCAACGGCAAUGCAGUUUACUACACGCCAGCCAGCGGCGAUCCUCCCCUCCUCAAAUUCAAACAGCCCUUGGAUGAGGAGCAGCCGAAGGCGCGGACCUGCUGCUGCGUGUCGUAGCUUCUUGAUCAUAUAACUGUUGACAAAACAGAAAAAGUACAGAGGAAAUGAGGAGAGGAAGAAAGAAAACAAAGAGUAAUUCUGUUUUUGACAUCCUGUUCUCUGUCCACUUUAAACUCGGUCCAGAAAAGUCACACUUCCAUUCUGUGCAAGUUCUCUUGCUCAAAGCAGGAAAAGAGCAGAAUCGAGUUGUUCAGAGGUACAGGAGAAACUGGUUCAAUGGGCCUGAGUACAUUGGUAGAUUCACCGAGAUUGGGCAUUUUUUGAAAUCAUGUGAAAAAUCUUGAUGCAGUGGAGUCGAGAAAUUCCCCAACAUGAUGCAUGUUCCGCCCUCAAACUGAGCUGGAAACAGCCCCUUUUUGUUGUAUUUUUUCAGCAAACUGUUUGCUAUCAGGUCAAUAAACAUUUUCAUGCAGGACAAAUUCACAGUUCAGCUGCAUCACUCUAGUUUUUGUCAUUUCUGAAUGUGCAGGAACACCAUGCUGGUGGGUUAAGGGAAGAUUGUUGAGGAACAGCAAAACGUAGCAUGACGUCUUUAAGUCUCCUUUGCAUUUAAACUGUCAAAGGGAAUAAAUACCAGAAAACAGUGUUAACUAAUGGAAAAUGUGUACUUCACAGUGGAUAACAAACGUAAAUCACCUGCACUGUUUAAAAAUGUCAGAAUAACAUGUUGGCUACAUUUCACCAUCCUCUUUUAUGACCCCUUAACUGACAGAUCAUGCUGUGUAUUUUCUAUAAUCCACUUUGUGCUCACCCCCAUAGAUAAUUUAAGCAAACUUGGUUGCUGUACAUUUCCUUAUUUAUGAGAUUAAUGUGUAAAAAACAUUAUGACUCUUUAAAGUUGAGUGUAUUUAUUAUUUGGAUAUGUGGAGAGUGUGAAUGCAGUAUGAGAUGAGCACCUUUUGACAUGGAAAGAAAAAAAAUCAAUCAGAUGAUGAAGAGACAUAAGUUAAUGUCCGACGUCUGUACAUGUUGUUAAAUACAAACUUGUCUUGUUAGGGUGGGGUUCUGUUUGUGUCUCAACGAAUAACAGUGUUAUUUGUUUUUAUCUUCUUUUUCCUGGUAGCCAUUGUGUGGCUCCUCUGUCUGCCACUUACUGUAUUUUUAUUAUCAGAGAUUGUUGUGAAUUACUGUAAGAGUUUUCAAAAGCCAAUGCUGUCAUUAGAACUUCCUAUAAUGGCUCAAAUUCAAAAUACCGACUUUCUAGUUAAAAUAAGACAUGCAAGUAAAGGAAUAGUGCAACAUUUUUGGAAAUACAGUCCUUGCCCUUCUCCACAUAACAACCAUGUAUCCAUCUAUCAGAUGGUACAUGAAUAUAUGCUACCACUUGAAGACCAAACAGUGGGGUUUUUUAAUUGCCAGAAAUAAUGCCAAAUUUCCUUUAUGUAAUUUAUUUGUAUAUGGUUCAAUAACUGUCAACAUGAUGGCAAUGUCACAGAUGCUUGUCAUUUCUCCUCUUUUCCUUUUUUCACCUUUAUAACCUUCAUUGUUUUGUACUUUACUUUUCAGAUACAAAAUAAAGCAGAUAUCUAUCA